AUUCCAUCGUAAGUUAGUGUCAAAUUGUAACUACCUGUAUGGCUGUAUGCGCAGGCCGUAGGUACCUAAUCUUUUAUUUAUUAACUAUAGCAAAAUAUUGUUGUGUUAUAAUUUACAAGUUAAAACUAUAAUAUAGCCUAUACCUAUUAGGUACUAGAUACAAUACAUUAUAGAAAUAAUUAUCAAGUUAACUGCUGUCUCUGCUCUGUGGACUACCUACUACAGUUUUUACUAUCAAGAAACUCAAGAAAUUCAAUGUUUAAAAUGCAAAGUAUACAGGAAAUAUCAAUAUCCAGUAGCAGUGGUCCAGCAAGAUACAAGUAUAAAAAAUCAUCUUAUGUAGAAAUAUUUGAAGCAUUACAAUCCUUACGCAAUAAUGAGGUUCUUUGUGAUAUUGAACUAGAAACAGAUGAUAGUACUAAGAUACUUGGACAUAAAGUGGUUUUAGCAUCGGCUAGUCCAUAUUUCCAUGCAAUGUUCACAAAUUUUUCAGAAAGAAAUCAUGAUCAUGUUGUUAUAAGACAGUUAGAUUCUACCGCUUUACAGCUAUUAGUUAACUUUAUUUAUUCCGGGGAAAUCGUGAUCACCGAAAAAAAUGUCCAGAUUUUGUUACCUGCCGCAAAUCUCUUGCAGUUACAGGAAAUAAAAGAUAUAUGCUGUGAUUUUUUACAGAAACAAUUGCACUAUACAAAUUGUCUUGGUAUAAACACAUUAGCUGAUUUACACAGCUGUACGAAAUUGUUAACAAGUUCAGAAUUGUAUAUUCAACAAAACUUUUCAAAAGUGGUUGAGGCAGAUGAAUUCCUAACCUUAUCACCUGAUCAAGUAGUCAAGUUGAUCUCCAGUGAUGAGCUUGCAGUUCCGUCUGAAGAAAAAGUAUUUGAAUGUGUUAUUCGUUGGGUAAAACAUGAAUUGGUUUCUAGAAAAUGUAUUUUACCCCAAUUAAUGGAACACGUACGUUUACCGUUAACAUCUUCAAAUUAUAUAUUUAAAAAUGUAUUUAAGGAACCUCUUCUUAAUAAUUGUCUUUGUAAAGAUUAUAUAAUCGAGGCAUUACAUUUUCUCAAGUCAGAUCAGCUCGUCACUGUUCCAGAAUGCAUUCGAAUUAAACCUAGACAGCCUAGUGUUUUACAUAAAGUUAUUUUAGUGAUUGGUGGACAUGGGAAUAGUACAGAAUGUUACAACUCAAAAAUCAACCAAUGGAAUUUUGGACCAGAGAUGAUAACAACCCGUUUUCAUGCUGGUUUAGCUGUAUUAAAAGAUAAUUGUGUCUUUGCUGUGGGUGGUAUUCGUUUAAAUUCAACUUUUAAGUCUGUUGAAGUUCUUAAUUUAUCAUCAGAAACACCUUGUUGGAAAUUAUCUGUUGACAUGUUAGUUGAAAGAAGUGCAUUAGGAGUCGGCAUAAUAAAUAAUUAUCUGUAUGCUGUUGGCGGAUGUGAUGGUACUAAUACUUUAAACAGUGUAGAAGUUUUUGACUGCAUUAGUCAAGAAUGGCGUAUGGUAUCUAAUAUGUCUACCAGAAGAUCUCAUGUUGGGGUCGGAGUUCUGAAUGAUCUUUUAUAUGCGGUUGGAGGUAAUUCAUCAGGAAGGACGUUAAACUCUGUCGAAUGUUAUCAUCCCAGUUUUGAUAAAUGGAUACCAGUCGCAGAAAUGUGUUUUCAUAGAUGUGCUGCUGGUGUAGGAGUUUUAGAUGGUGUGCUAUAUGCUGUAGGUGGCUGCUAUAGAUUAGAAGCUCUUAAAAGUGUUGAGGCAUACAGACCAAGUACAGGUGUUUGGAUUACUAUUGUAGAUAUGAAUUUUCCUCGAGAAAAUGCAGGAGUUGUUGCAUUGGAUGGCUUAUUGUAUGCCAUUGGUGGACGUAACGGAUUAUCUUGUUUAAAAUCUGUAGAAGUUUACAAUCCCAUCACCAAUACUUGGACCAUGUUAAGAGAAUCAAUGAAGGUAGAACGAAGCUGUCCUAGAGUAGUGACCAUUGGCCAUAGGCCACCUCAUUUUUAAAAUUUGUUAGCAUACAUGCAUUUGAAUGUUUUAUAAAAGGUAAUUAUAUGAUAUGAAUUGA